AUGCAGGCUCUCACCCUUCUUGGCGCCGUCGCCGGCAGCAUCUCCGCCGCGUCCGACGUCCUCACAGCCCUUGAUUAUGCCGUGUCCACGGCGGCAAAGGUCAAAGAUGCCCCUCAGCAGGCCGUCGCCACCCUGCGCGAUGUGCGUAUGAUGCGGUCCAACAUGGUUCGCUUCCAGCAGCUGCUGGACAGCCAGAGCCAUCUUCGCGACAGAGGCGUGUACAUUCCGCUGGACGACACCCAGAAUACGUUUACGGAUUGCAUCACAUCCCUAGACGAGUUGGAGAGUCUGUUGAAGCCACUAUCGGACCCGGAUCUGAAGCCGUUGGAUCUUGUCGCUCGGUUGGAGUGGGUGAUGAAGGACAAGCGCAUCGAGGCUUUGUCCAAGCGAGUUCAUGAUGCGCAGUCUUCUCUAGGCCUCAUGCUUACUAUUCUUUCCAACGAAUCUCUGCUCGAGGUCCAAAAGGCUCUAGCCGGGCUCUCUGAGCUCACCAAAACAAUUAGCGGCAACGUUGCCCAUCUAAAUCGGCGUAGCAUCAGCACCAAAUCAGAAAGAUCGCUUGCGAAGGGAGACGAUGAGAACGGGGGCGACAAUAACUCUACCAUUAGACCUCUCUCAGCUCUCAGACGAGCAUCCUAUGCAGCCUUGGUGUCACGGCCCGAUUCUGUCAUCAUUCCGAGUACCGUAGCGGAGGAACCUGUCGAAGAGAUGGAUGAAGAGAAGGCCGUCAACGUUGUGGCCCGGUUUGCCUUUGAGGCUGCGCUGGAGAGCUCCCGGGCGUACCGACGAGCGCCGAAAUGGGAUUUGGAUGACGUUUCCUUUCGCUCGUCCGUUAUGAACCCACACGCCUGGUCUCUUUUCUCCAAGAUGUCAUGUCUUAGUCUGGGCGAUGUUUCCAGAAUCUCCGUCAUUGCGUUGCCGCUCUUCUCCACAGAUUUACGCAACUCUCAGCACUACCAAUUCGGGAGCACCGAAGAGGAAAUCGACCCCAUCCAGUCCGAGAAGGACGAGCGAGACUUUCAACAGCCACGUCCGACGCUUCGCGUCACGCCUGUUCCUUCUCCUACGCCUCUACCGUCCUAUGUUUAUGGCCCAGUGCCACCUACCCCCUCGAAGACAGGCGCUACUCGCGUUCUCAACACUUUGAAGAAGGCUCUAAGUCCAGUCACAAAGGCACUAGAUCCAGACAGGAGGUCGCCCGACUUAGGCAAGAGGUCGCCCAGUCCGAUCAAUGUCCCAACGGCACCGCACACUCCCUUUGGGCCGGCUUUGUCUCCUACCUUGAGCCAGCAACCAGACGAUGCGAGAAGCAUCAGGUCGGAAAAUUCGGUCCACACUUUGGGCGAUCUGAGUCAACUAAAGCUCAAUGAAAAUGAACUCUACCUCUUUCACUCGAACGGAGUGCCCUGCCACAACGUAAUACUGGAGUCCUUCGACGAGGACGAGGCUGACGAUCAGAAGGAUAUCCAAAACAAGAUGGGUGCGGGUCAGUUAAAUCUAGGUAAGCCAAAGACAUCUGUACCCUCAAUCACUUUAGAUAACAACGGACUGAUGUUGGUGAAAUGCGAAGCCGCCUCCCAGGGUUAUCUGGAUAUGUUUCGCUGUGGCAAGUGCAAGUCUUCGCUCGCCAAUAUGUCUAAAAGGGAGUUCAAUGGGGUGCCGAAAUUCGAGAUUUGGUGCGGCGCCCAAACCUGUCUGGCCUCAUCAGGGCUCAAGUCGUGCCCAUGUCAUGCCAAGAUUGUGGAAGUGGGCUUGCCAACAGACAAGUAUAUCGGCUGCAGGCUACUCUUCGCGAAAGAGGUCAAGUGCCCACGUUGUUUCAACCUCUGUCCCGAUUGCGUCCCCGUCAACCACGAAACUUUCCCGGAGGGCUACGGGAUCUUCGAGCUCCAGAGCGUAUAUCUCAAGGCUCAGCGAUGGUUAUUCGCAAAUGUUUGGAGGGAUGCCGAGACAUCGGAGUGGGAGAAGCAACUCAACUAUCACUUGUCCCAGAUCGAGAUCCGAUUACGCCUCUGCCCAGUCUCGAAUCCUGUUGUUGAGCGGUUCAAGUGGAUUCUAGACACCCGGCAAAGGAUCCUAAAUUGGAGGAAAGGCAUUCUACCUACCUGGAGAGAGAUGAACAACCUUGUCGCCCAGGGAUCCGACUUCUAUAAAGGGCCGAUGCAAAACAUGAUGGAUGUCAUGGAAGAGUCGGAUGCUUUCCUUGAGCGCGAGAUGGAUCAGAAUAUAGAUCUUGUGCCCGGAUUAGCGGAAAUUAGACGGAAGGACUCAAUCGAGUCUGAUUCAGAUAUUGGCGAGCAGUGGUUCGCCAUUAUAGGGAACGGACACAUGCCAAACGACAAUGCGCCAAACGAGCUGACAGUCGGAAUCGCUCUCUGA